UUCAGUUAGACGUCAGACAAGUUUUUUCUGUCUUAUUUUGAUGGAUUACGUUUAUGUUAUAUGAUUAGUGAUUAGUGAAACUGACUUUCUAGGAUUCUACAAUUUUUUUCCGUUAUAAUCCAGAAUUAAACUCGUCGUGUAAAGAUGAAAUUUUCAAUAUAAAAGAGAAAGUGACAAACGUGAAAACGAAUUAGAAAAAUGGCUGUAGGGAGUACGAAAGUCGUACAAGUUACGAAUAUAGCACCUCAAGCUACUAAAGAUCAAAUGCAUAUAUUAUUUGGUUAUUUAGGGAAAAUAGAAGAUAUACGUCUUUAUCCUACAAUAAGAGAUGUGUCUUGUCCAGUUCAAUCAAGGAUUUGUUACAUUAAAUUUGUAGACGUUGCAACAGUUGGAAUAGCACAACAUAUGACCAACACAGUUUUCAUCGAUCGAGCUUUAAUUGUAAUUCCUGUGUCAAGUGGAGAAAUUCCAGAUGAAUAUUAUGCCUUAGAAAUGACAAGAAAUGGUACCAUUGUUCCAGGUUUAACAUUAAAUGAACCAAAAUUACCACCCCACGUUGUCAACUCUGUUCAAGGAUCAGGAGCAGAUCAAGUAAUAAUUACUACCGAUCAUCAUUUAGAUGGCAAUAGUUUACCUUCUUACCCACCAUUACCAUCCACAUAUGAUACUGCAAAAAUAGAAGAAACCCGAAGGACAAUUUUGUUAUUGAAUUUCGAUUCCACUGCUACAAAUGAUGAAAUUAUAGACUUCUUUAGUACAGCUGGAGAAGUUAAAUAUCUUAGAACAUGUACUAAAGACUCAGAUAACACUUCCCAUAUACUAAUUGAGUUUACCGAUCAGUCAAGUAUAAUAAAUGCAUUGAAAAUGAAUGGACUGACUUUUAAAGGGCAGCCUAUAGAGAUUCAGCAUGCAACCCAGCCCAUCAUUAAACCUCAAGCGAAAAGUAAUGAAGCAGCUCAAAAAGAGAUAGAGGAAGCUAUGUCUCGGUUUAAAGAAGCUCAAAAUAUGAUAAAUGCUUCUAUUGAACCUGUAAUUGGUAUGUUAACAAAAGACAAAAGAAGUUCUCGCAGAUCUCGAUCCCGGUCGAGAGGUAGAAGAAGACGUUCCCGAUCUAGAUCACGAUCUAGGAGAUCUCGGUCAAGAAGACGUAGAUCUUCUUCUCGUACAAGAAGAUCAAAAUCUCGGGAUCGCAGACGCAGAUCAAAAUCGCGUUCAAGAAGACGAUCUCAUUCACGGUCAAGAAGAUCUAGAUCCCGCAGUUCUAAAUCAAGAAGAUCACGUUCAAAGUCUAAUUCACGGAGGAGUGGACAUCGUUCAAGAGAACAUACUUCAAGAGCAAAAUCGAGGGAAAGGGAUAGACGAUCACGUGACCGGUCAAGAGACCGUAAACGUUCUAGAGAUAGAGACAGAAAAUCAAGAGAGAGGGAGUCUAAAGAGAAAGCAAAAGAGAAACCUACCCGUGAUUCUAAAGAGAAGAGAAGUGAUAAAGAAAAUAGUGUGGAUGUACCUGAAAAGAAACGUUCUCGUACAAGAAGUAAAAGCAGGCGCAGAUCAAGGUCUAAAGAUCGAAAAACUAAAGAAAAAAGAAGGUCACGUUCUAGAGGCAGUAGAAGAAGAUCUCCUUCACCACGUCCUAGUAGAAAACGUAGUAGAACAAGAAGCAGAGACAGAAAAAGAGAUAAAAAAAAUGACAGAAAAGAUAAAGACAGGAAAGAAAAGGAUAAAAAGUCUAGAUCAAGAUCACGUUCAACAAGGUCUCAUUCAAAAAUACCUAGAAACUAUGAUGAGGAAGAAAGAGGAUUUGAUGCAGAUAAAGAUAAAUCAAAAGAAAAGGAUUGUGAAAUGCAGGUUGAAAAAGAGUCAUCGGAGAAAUCUGAUAACAUGGAUAUUUCCAAUUCACCAUAAUAUUAAUUUUAUUAGGUACUAUACUUAAGCUUCAAAACUUAUGUAUAUUAUAAAUGAAAUAAAGUUGGAAUUUCAAAUAUA